CUCGACUCAUGCUUCCUACCGUGGUAUGAUUUUACUGAUCUUCCCUCACCACCACAUCGCGUCGGGGUGAUCUUAUUAUCGUUUUUGUCGCGAAUGAAUGCUGAUUCAUUUGAUAUAGAUAUGAUUAAGGAUGCUAUCCUGAAUCUGAAAGAGCGCAAUGGUAGCAGUCGUCAGUCCAUCAAGAAAUAUGUUUUGGCAAACAACAAGAUUGCACCUGCAUCUACCAACGCCUUCGAUAGCCAGUUCAACAAGGCUAUCAAGGCAGGCGUUGAGAAGGGUGAAUUCACCCAACCCAAGGGUCCUUCUGGACCCGUGAAGCUCGCCAAGAAGGAAGCUGCUCCUAAGCCUGCUGCCAAGAAGAGCACCACCACUGCCAAGCCGAAGAAGGCUACUGCCACUACUACUAAGAAGGCUGAGAAGGCCGAAAAGGCCGAGAAGCCUAAGGCGACCACCAAGAAGACUGGCACUACUACUGCCAAGAGGAGUGUCGGCAGACCCAAGGCAAACACUGCUAAGCCUCGCAAAGCAUCUACUGCUGUACGUAUCACCAUCGGCCGCCCUUGUCCCGGAACUGUAUUCUAACAUCCAAGCAGGCCCCUGCCGUUGUCGACCAACCCAAGGUCAUCGGCAAGACGAAGUCCGGUCGUGUGACCAAGACAACGGCCAAGCCUGAAAAGGCCACCAAGAAGUCUACCAAGAAGGCCUAAAGCCAAUGUCUGGCAGAACAUAUUUUUGAGCGACUAGUUGAUUUCCUGUUCGAUUUGGUUGACUUGACGUGGGCUUCGGACUGUAUCUUUUUCUUUUUUGGGUUGUAUCCCUUCUUUCUUCGGCUGUAAUUUCUUUUUUUAUCUCUAUCUUUUGUCGAUGCGGUGACUGCUCCUGGGAUAUGUUGAUGGUUUAUUCUUUCGUUAUUGGUAGGGUUGGCGUCUUGCGGUGGAUAUGGGAAACGUC